UGACGUAUUUCCCGCGCAAGGAACGGUCCAAGUCUGUAGCCAGGAAUACAUUCAUCGAUUGGUUUUUCGCGUCGGCCCGUGUUACGUAUACGUGGUCCAUGUUACGUUAAAGUUUUCACAUCGUCAAGGAGCUACCACUUGAACACUGUCAGAUAUUCGGCCACUGUGUCCGAACCUUCCGUCGCGAUUUCUCAAGAUAGCAUACAUUAUAAUCGUAUAAUUUCGCGUUAGUGUAAUUUACAUAUUAUAAUACUAAUUCUCGGUUAGGCAAAGUGCUCGAAAAUCCAUGAUGGCGCACGCUGAAAGAUUGCGCUAGUGCAUACCGAUAUAAGUGCCGCGCAUACCCGUUUUUGUUUCUGCACUGCGGAAAACGUAGAAUCACGCUCGAAUUCUGUUCAUCGUGAUUCUCAACUCCGAUAUUGAUAUUUGGAAGCAUAUUUCAUACGCGAUUAUUAUAACUGUCGCGUAGUUCUUGUUCAAUCGUUUUUGAUGGUGACCGUCAUGCAAGCUCAGCAGCAGCCACAGCAGCAACAGCAGCAGAAUCAUCAACAAAUCGCAGGCACCAGUGUCAUUUUGAAGAUGAACGAAAUACAACAGCUUUCUACAGUUGGGCUAUUAGAGCUUGCACAUAGAGAAUAUCAAGCAGGGGAUUAUGAAAAUGCAGAACGGCAUUGCAUGCAACUUUGGAGGCAAGAAACAAAUAAUACAGGAGUGUUAUUGCUGUUAUCUUCAAUUCAUUUCCAAUGUAGAAGACUUGAAAAAUCCGCUCAUUACAGCAGUUUAGCGAUAAAACAGAAUCCCUUAUUGGCAGAGGCUUAUAGCAAUCUAGGAAAUGUGUUUAAGGAGCGUGGACAACUACAGGAAGCAUUGGAAAACUAUCGACAUGCUGUUAGAUUGAAACCUGAUUUCAUUGAUGGUUACAUCAAUCUAGCAGCUGCAUUAGUAGCUGCAGGAGAUAUGGAACAGGCAGUUCAAGCAUAUGUGACUGCUUUACAAUACAACCCUGACCUUUACUGCGUGAGAAGCGAUCUUGGUAAUCUUUUGAAAGCUUUAGCAAGACUUGACGAAGCCAAGGCUUGUUAUCUGAAGGCGAUCGAAACGCGUCCAGACUUUGCAGUCGCGUGGAGUAAUCUUGGCUGCGUGUUCAACGCCCAGGGAGAAAUAUGGCUGGCGAUCCAUCAUUUUGAAAAGGCCGUCGCCUUGGAUCCGAACUUUUUGGACGCGUAUAUUAAUCUUGGCAACGUGCUCAAGGAGGCCAGAAUCUUUGAUAGAGCUGUAGCUGCCUAUCUACGUGCAUUGAACCUUAGUCCUAAUAAUGCAGUCGUUCAUGGAAAUUUGGCGUGCGUUUACUAUGAACAAGGGCUUAUUGAUUUGGCAAUUGAUACAUACCGCCGUGCCAUCGAACUACAACCAAAUUUCCCAGAUGCCUACUGUAAUUUGGCGAACGCGCUCAAAGAAAAGGGCCAAGUGGUCGAAGCUGAAGACUGCUAUAAUACGGCUCUUCGUCUCUGCCCGUCACAUGCCGAUUCCCUUAAUAAUCUGGCCAACAUAAAACGCGAACAAGGAUAUAUCGAAGAAGCAACUCGAUUGUAUUUGAAAGCGCUCGAAGUAUUCCCUGAAUUUGCUGCUGCUCACAGCAAUCUUGCUUCUGUAUUGCAACAACAAGGAAAGCUAAAUGAAGCACUGAUGCAUUAUAAAGAGGCAAUUCGCAUUCAACCGACUUUUGCCGAUGCUUACUCGAAUAUGGGCAAUACUCUAAAAGAGAUGCAAGAUAUACAAGGAGCUCUUCAGUGUUAUACGAGAGCUAUACAGAUUAAUCCCGCUUUCGCCGAUGCUCAUUCCAAUUUAGCUUCGAUUCACAAAGAUUCUGGAAAUAUACCCGAGGCGAUUCAGUCGUACCGAACCGCGUUAAAGUUAAAGCCUGAUUUCCCGGACGCGUAUUGCAAUUUGGCGCACUGCCUUCAAAUCGUUUGCGAUUGGACUGAUUACGAAGCCCGAAUGAAGAAGUUAGUCUCGAUCGUUGCGGAACAGCUGGACAAGAACAGAUUACCCAGCGUACAUCCACAUCAUUCCAUGCUCUAUCCAUUGUCUCAUGAGUUUAGGAAAGCUAUCGCUGCUAGACACGCGAAUUUGUGCAUCGAAAAGAUUCAUGUGUUGCACAAACAACCGUAUAAAUAUCCACGAGAAGUUGGUAACCGUUUGAGGAUUGGAUACGUUUCGUCAGACUUUGGAAAUCAUCCUACUAGUCAUCUCAUGCAGUCGAUUCCUGGUCUUCACAAUAGACAAACCGUUGAAAUUUUCUGCUACGCUCUCAGUGCUGACGACGGAACUACUUUCCGAGCAAAGAUCGCGAGGGAAGCUGAACAUUUUAUCGAUUUAUCGCAAAUUCCGUGCAACGGCAAAGCAGCCGAUCGUAUCAAUGCCGAUGGAAUACAUAUUUUAGUUAACAUGAACGGUUAUACAAAGGGUGCCAGAAACGAAAUAUUUGCCUUGCGACCUGCGCCCAUUCAGGUGAUGUGGCUUGGAUAUCCAGGAACAUCCGGAGCUAGUUUCAUGGAUUACUUAAUCACAGAUGAAGUUACAUCACCACUAGAACUUGCUAGUCAGUACAGCGAAAAGCUUGCUUACAUGCCUCAUACUUAUUUCAUAGGAGAUCACAAACAAAUGUUCCCGCAUCUUAAGGAACGUCUCAUUUUAACAGACAAAUUAAACACAAAAGGCAAAGUAGCGGAUAAUGUAGCCGUUAUAAAUGCCACCGAUCUUUCGCCAAUGAUCGAGAACACUUGUGUGAAGGAAAUUCGCGAAGUAGUUGUGCCUGAUGCUAAAAAUAAGCCUGUGGAGAUUUCGUUGAAAGUUGCCGAAUUAUCGACCACUACUGCUAUAGAAACGAUGAUUGCUUCUGGACAGUGCCAAAUGUCUGUGAAUGGUGUUGUAGUCCAAAACGGGAUGGCCACGACGCAAGUGAACAACAAAACAGCCACAGGUGAAGAAGUGCCUCAAAAUAUUGUGAUCACGACAAGGCAACAGUAUGGUUUGCCGGAAGAUGCAGUAGUUUACUGCAACUUCAAUCAGUUGUAUAAGAUUGAUCCGCUCACGCUUCAUAUGUGGGCACAUAUUCUAAAACACGUGCCAAACUCAGUACUGUGGUUGCUGCGCUUCCCAGCUGUUGGUGAACCAAAUUUACAAGCAACCGCUCAACAAUUAGGUUUAGCUCCUGGUAGAAUUUUGUUCAGUAACGUUGCUGCCAAAGAAGAACACGUCAGACGGGGACAAUUAGCGGACGUGUGCCUAGAUACACCACUUUGCAAUGGACAUACUACAAGCAUGGAUGUUUUGUGGACCGGAACUCCAGUAGUAACUCUUCCAGGUGAAACAUUAGCGUCUCGCGUUGCUGCUAGUCAAUUGAACACGUUGGGAUGUCCCGAAUUGAUAGCACGAACGCGACAAGAAUAUCAGGAUAUUGCCAUUCGUUUGGGAACGGAUAGGGAAUAUUUGAAAGCAACACGAGCCAAAGUAUGGAAAGCGCGUUCCGAAAGUCCUUUGUUUAGCUGCAAAUUAUACGCGUGGGGCAUGGAGAUGCUGUACGAGAAAAUGUGGGAACGUUACGCACGAGGCGAAAAACCUGAUCAUGUAGCAGCUAUAGGCAAAAACGAAAGAGACAAAUUAAUGAUUACAUCUUAAGAAAAUGGUCUUGAAGUUUUUGUUUCUGUUUAACACGGCUCUAAGUCCGUAGCGUCUGUUCCCUGCAAGUAUAGCAUUUCGAACAGAUGGACCGAUAUAUAAUCCAUUCCAUAAAGAACAUGGAUAUGGUUCUCGCAUAAAUUCCAUUACUUCGGUAUUUACUGUUUUGUACAAUAAAUCACCGAGCUUAGGCUACGGUAGGAUGCAUUGACAUCAUACGCGAACAGCUAAAUAAAGCUACGCGAUUGAAACGAGAAUUAUUGAUCACCACGUCACACGAAGUAACUACGUUCACCUCUUUUGUGUUGCGUUACCUCAUCCAUCACCCCUAUAUUAAUUUAUAUGUUAAUACACAGAACGUUCUCGAAUUAGUAUAUAAAAGUCGACUGUGGUUUCUAUUUUCUUGUAAGAAGUUGAAGAGAAGAGAUUUGGGAAUGCAAGUCGUUAACGUUAUUGUGUUGCCUUUUUUUUAUACUGGAUACGUAAACAUAUAUAUAGCGAUGAAAUUUGUUCCAGUUACUCACACAGUGUGUAUAAUAUGAUACUGUUUUCAGUCGAAGGUUUCUCCGAUUUCGAAAAUCUAUAAUGCACGUUACAAUGACGAUGUUCGAACAGUUAAAGAUGACGUUUUUCGAGGUCAUUCUUUGCGAAAUCAUCGCUGACACUUGCUUCGAAUACGAUUGGCUCGUGAAGAAAGGUUGUUGAAUUAGGAAGAAAGGAAGGAAAGCAACCGUUGAGGUGUAGAUUAAACGCAUCAAAAUAUUAUUGCUAGAGGCCGCUAACAGCAAGAAUGCAAAAGGAAAGCUGUAUUAUAUAUGAUCGACUUACUGAUACACGUGUACAUAUUAACAAAAAAAGAUAAUCGUUAGUUAUUACUUUAGUUUGAUAGCGCGUAAAUUAAGAUCGACAAAUGUGUGAGGUAGCGAAGAAAAAAAAACGCGUUGACUGUAGCAAACUUUAAUGUAUGUCUAUAGAAUAAAAAACGAUUAGGAAUUAUCAUUUGAAAGAAUGUGGACGUUGUGUUGUAAGAAUGUUUUGAUGAAUAUGUGAUCCGUUGAGUCUAAUUUCUCUUUGUGAAAUUAGUCUUUUUAAUAUAAUAAUUUAGUAUAGAAAAAUACAAGUAAAUUGCUUCUACAAAUAGUUGCUUAAAUUUCCUACAUCAUCUUGUGUUUCAAGACUUUUUUUUUUGUUAUUUGUAACAUAUACAGUUACAAAGGGAAAGGUGAAUUUUCAUUUACUGUACGUUUCGUUUGGAACACGAGAAAUUUUAGACAUGUAGGAAAACUGUAGUAUGUAAUGUCUGGUGGUUAAAUUUAUUGUAUGUAUGACCUCAUCCGCCCACUCUGUGUAUUAUCAUUACACGUUCUCGAUAGCGAAUAAUUGUCCCAUUACGCACAAUUUACAUCGGAGAUGCAGAUGUAAGCAUAACUAUUAAAAAACAUUUUAUUUAUUUUGAACGUAGCAAAAGCAGUGAUUUUAUGGAAAAAAUUGUAAAAAUUGACAUGUUGAACUUUGAAUUUUUCUGCAUAAUCAAAUCGAGUUCAAAACAACUUCCGAAUAAAUUUUACCAAAGCUUGAA